GUGCUACUGAAGAAAGCAUUCACAGAACAGUGGAGGGUGAACCUUAUUUGGCAGCUCUCAUUGCAUAUUCAGUUCACUGAACCCUAUCGUGAGGGCUUCAAACAGAGGCAUCACCACACAGUCGUGAAACAGGUUUUGGAAAAUGACCAUGAAGACUGAAGAAAUUACAUUUUUAACAUGAUACUUGGAGUUAAUGACUGCUUACGACAUUUUCUUGAAAAUUAAAUAUGACUUAGAAGCAUCGAAAGUUUAUGAUGUCAUCGGUUUCAACAGAAAGCAAACUCCAGCAGGCUGUGAGCCUGAAGGGAGUUGACCCAGAAACAUGCAUGAUUGUGUUUAAGAACCACUGGGCACAGGUUGUGAAAAUCUUAGAAAAGCAUGACCCCUUGAAGAACACCCAGGCAAAAUAUGGAUCCAUCCCCCCAGAUGAGGCCAGUGCUGUGCAGAACUAUGUAGAACACAUGCUUUUCCUGCUAAUCGAAGAACAAGCCAAGGAUGCUGCAAUGGGGCCAAUUCUGGAAUUUGUGGUCUGUGAGAACAUCAUGGAAAAGCUCUUCCUUUGGAGCUUGAGACGAGAAUUCACGGAUGAAACCAAACUUGAGCAGCUAAAGAUGUAUGAGAUGUUGGUCACCCAGUCCUACCAGCCUCUGCUGCACCAUAAGCCCAUCCUGAAGCCCCUGAUGAUGUUGCUGAGCUCCUGUUCGGGCACAGCCACCCCAGCUGUGGAGGGAAAGCUAGUUGUCCUGCUCAACCAGCUCUGCUCCAUCCUUGCCAAAGAUCCAUCCAUCCUGGAACUCUUCUUUCACACCAGUGAGGACCAAGGGGCCGCCAACUUCCUCAUCUUCUCUCUUCUGAUACCCUUCAUUCAUCGAGAGGGCACAGUAGGCCAGCAAGCACGGGAUGCUUUGCUAUUUAUCAUGUCUCUCUCUGCUGAGAACAGCAUGGUGGCCAAUCACAUUGUGGAAAAUACCUACUUCUGUCCCGUACUUGCAACGGGACUCAGUGGCCUGUACUCUUCACUGCCCACAAAGCUGGAAGAGAAGGGUGAGGACUGGCACUGCCUUCUGAAGGAUGACUGGCUUCUGCUGCCUGCCCUUGUGCAGUUCAUGAACUCUCUGGAGUUUUGUAACGCAGUAAUCCAGGUGGCUCACCCUUUGAUCCGCACUCAACUCGUCAGCUACAUUUACAAUGGAUUUUUGGUACCAGUAUUGGCUCCUGCCCUCCAUAAGGUGACAGUGGAGGAGGUCAUGACCACAACCGCAUACCUGGACCUCUUCCUGCGCAGCAUCUCUGAGCCAGCGCUCCUGGAGAUCUUCCUCCGCUUCAUCCUAUUGCACCAGCAUGAGAAUGUCCACAUCCUGGACACCCUCACCAGCCGGAUCAACACCCCUUUUCGGCUUUGUGUGGUGUCCUUGGCGCUGUUCAGAACUCUCAUCGGUCUACACUGUGAAGACGUGAUGUUACAGCUAGUUUUAAGGUAUCUGGUCCCCUGCAAUCACAUGAUGCUGAGUCAAAGGUGGGCUGUGAAGGAGAGAGACUGUUACUCCGUGUCCGCGGCAAAGCUGCUUGCCUUGACCCCUGUCUGUUGUGCCAGUGGCAUCACUCUGACACUUGGGAACCAAGAAAGGGAUUAUAUUCUCUGGUCCAAGUGUAUGCAUGAUGGCUCAGGAUCCGAGGAGCAGCUGCUGCCAGAAACACCCUGCUCGCCUUCUUCACCCUCCCCUCCUCCCCCACCCGCCCCAGCAGCCUGCAUUGUGGAGUAUGGGAAGGCCCUGGACAUCAGCUACCUGCAGUAUCUGUGGGAGGCCCACACCAACAUCCUCCACUGCAUGAGGGACUGCAGGGUGUGGUCAGCCCUCUAUGAUGGGGACUCACCUGACCCUGAGACCUUUCUGCAGAGUCUUUCAGAGGAGAGCCGAGAAACCUCAGCCCACCCAGAGGCCAGACUCCCACAGCAGCAUGUUAGGACAUCAGGACAGACAAAGGAUAAGAGCCAGUCAGAGCUGGAGUGGGAUGACAGCUACGACACUGGUAUCUCUUCAGGGGCUGAUGUGGGCUCCCCUGGGCCUUAUGAUGAUGUGGAGACCCCAACCCCACCAGCACCUAUUGAUCCCCCCAAACACAUCCAAGAGAUGAAGAAGAAUGCCAUUCUCCUCUUCAAGGGGUCCUACAUUGAAGAGUCAGACUUCCAGGAUGAUGUGAUGGUGUACAGGCUAUGUGCUGAGAAGGAUGCAGAGGACACCAGGGAGCUGCAGGGGGAAACUGCAGACCCACCAGCUGAGGAUCAGCCCAAGGCCAAACCCAAAGCCCAGAGUCUCCUCACGAGCAAUGGACCUCUCUUUAGUCCUGAUCCUGAGGCAGAGUCACUCAGCAAGGAGCGUUCAGACCUGUGUCAGAACAUGUUCUCAGAAGCCAAGCCAGAGAAUGAGCCUGGUGUAGCCUUAGAAUCAGACUCGGAGUUGACAGUUCCCACGUUUGAGGCAGAACCCCAGUCAGACUUGCAGGUUACCAACACAGAGGGUGAAGAUUUCAUCACACAGUAUGACCAAAUCAUUCAAGAACUGGAUUCUGGCACGGAGGGCUUGAUGGAGCAGAGUGUCCCUGCCUCUGAGUCCGUGCUUCUUACACACCAAGAAGAAAGGAGGGAAGAGUACAAAGCCGAGGAGGAGGAGGACAAGGACUUCGACUCCCUCAUGGCAGACACCCCUGCUAUGGAGGCCGGGCCUUCCCCAUUUGGUGUCGGAGAGGACACAGCCUUUACUAGCCGCCAUCCCGUGAGGACUCAGAGCACGCCAUUCACAGGUCCAUUCAUCAGCGUGGUCCUGUCAAAGCUGGAGAACAUGCUGGAGAACUCUCUGCAUGUCAACCUGCUUCUUAUUGGCAUCAUCACCCAGCUGGCCAGCUACCCGCAGCCACUCCUGCGCUCCUUCCUCCUCAACACCAACAUGGUCUUCCAGCCUAGCGUCCGCUCUCUCUACCAGGUCCUUGCAUCUGUGAAAAACAAGAUCGAGCAGUUUGCUUCUGUGGAGAGAGACUUCCCGGGCCUCCUCAUCCAAGCUCAGCAGUACCUGCUCUUCCGGGUGGACAUGUCUGACAUGACCCCUACGGCACUCACCAAAGAUCCCAUUCAGGAGAUCUCCAGGCCAGAAAAUGACAAGACCCUUAUGGAUGACCCUCCACAUGUGCUUCAGCCCUUCCUGGGCAACAGAGCCAGGGUGACCAGGGCACCCCCAAACCUGCCUCUGCCAGUGAAGAACACCAUGCUGGCUGCUGCUCUCUUCCCAGAGUUCCUGAAGGAGCUUGCAGCCUUGGCCCAAGAACACUCCAUUCUGUGUUACAAGAUCCUGGGGGACUUUGAAGACUCUUGCUGUUAG